AUGUAUCUAUCUGCAGAUUCCCCCACUAAGCCAGAGAGACCCGAGACCUUCCCCACCUUCUCUAAAAUCGUUCCCCACUUUCCCCUCAGGAACCAAGCUCUAUCCAUCUCCCCCGGACUAACCCCCAACCCUACAACAUCCCGAACCCCCGCUGAGCUCGGAGGAUACAGCCUCCGCCCGCCCCUCCCGCUUCCAUCUCGCCGGCCUGGGGGUGCCGCGGAGAGCCCAUGUCAGCGAUGGGCUCCAGGGACACGCGGAGGUCUCGUGCAGGAGCGCGCCCCGGGCCCGCCGCUGUCCAGCCGGUCCGCUACACUCACCCUACCACCCGGCCGCAGCUCUGCUCCGAGUCCUCUUCCCUCGAACCUGCCCCUACCUCCCCCGCCCGCCCAUUGGCCCCACGCCCGGCGCGUCACUGGAGGCUCUGCACCAAUCCACAGCGGCCUGCGCAUUCUGGGCCCGCCCCACCCUCCCGCCGAUCGCCAGCCAAUUAGGGGCAAGCCUAGUCGGGGCAGCCCAAGCCCCUCGAGGGUGAGCCAAUGGCAGAGGGAGACAGGCGCUCCUGGCGAGGGAGGCGGAGAACUGAAAGGCCCCGCCUCGGUCGGGGUCUGA